GCUUGGUGUUUUUGUAAAGAGGACAAGAGAACUUUCCGAGAUAACGAACAAAAAAAGUUUCCGGUGCUGUUGCACCACCUAUGGUGUUGUAGUGCGCAGGAAAGUAAAAUGGACUACAAGCGUCGCUUUUUGCUCGGCGGGUCCAAGCAGAAAGUGCAGCAGCAGCACCAGCAGUACCAGAUGCCUGAGCUGAGCCGGACCCUGAGCGCCUCGCUGGCCUCCUCGUGCUCCGCCUCCUCGCCCCUGGGCGGCGGGGGGGGGAUGCCGGGCAGCUGCCACCCGCCUCCCUCUGGCACAACCACCGCCGUUGCAGACAUCCAGCAAGGCAUCUCCAAAUAUCUGGAUGCUCUCAACGUGUUCUGCCGGGCCAGCGCCUUCCUCACAGACCUGUUCAGCAGUGUGUUCAGGAACUCUCACUAUUCCAAAGCAGCUAUGCAACUGAAGGACGUGCAGGAACACGUCAUGGAGGCGGCCAGCCGGCUGACUGCAGCAAUAAAGCCCGAGAUCGCCAAGAUGUUGAUGGAGCUGAGCGCCGGGGCCGCCAACUUCAAAGACCAGAACGACUUCAGCCUGCAGGAUGUUGAGGUGCUGGGUCGGUGCUUCCUCACUGUGAUGCAGGUCCAUUUCCAGUUUCUGUCGCAGGCCCUCCAGAAGGUGCAGCCCGUGGCUCAGUCCUGCCUGGCCGAAGCCCUCGCUCAGGCCCAGGAGCGCAGCGCCAACGCCCGCUCCCAGAGCUCCGACCUGGGCCCCCUCACGGAGCUGGAGGAGGCCUCUCGGCUGUGGAAAGGUGCAGCUCAGGCCAUGUCCCGGCUGAGAGAGAGGGGGCGUGACGGCUGCCUGGCCGGCCUCCAGGUGCAGCAUCUCUUCUGCUCCAACAACACCAACAUCCCCGAGCACCAGCUGAAGGAGCUCAACAUGAAGAUCGACAGCGCUUUGCAGGCCUAUAAAGCAGCUCUAGAGAGUCUGGGUCACAGCGAGUACGCUCUGAAGGCCGGCUUCCAUCUGAACCCCAAAGCUGUGGAGGCGGCCUUACAGAGCUGCUGCAGUGAGGCGGAGGCUCAGCAGGCGGGCCGGAUGCAGACCACCUCUCAGCCAAUCCAGUGCGAGCUGCCCACCAUCCCCGUGCAGAUCGGCUCUCACUUCCUCAAAGGAGUGUCCUUCAACGAGUCCGCGGCUGAAAACCUCAAACUGAAAACGCACACCAUGCUGCAGCUCAUCAAAGAGGCGCUGGGUCAGAACGGAGUGACGCCCCGGGACGACUCCCCCGUCACGGAGGUCCUGAACCAGGUGUGCCCCUCCAGCUGGAGAGGAGCCUGUAAGACGGCCGUGCAGCUGAUGUUCGCCCAGGCCGGGCUGGUGGUGGUUGAUACGGCGCAGAUCGAGAACAAGGAGGCCUACGCUCCUCAGAUCACUCUGGAGGGCUCCAAGGUGAUCGUCCAGGUCCCCUCCACAUGGUGUCUGAAGGAGGACCCGGCCACGAUGUCUCUGCUGCAGCGGAGCUUGGAUCCGGAGAAGACUCUGGGUCUGGUGGACGUUCUGUACACCGCGGUGUUCGACAUCAACAGGUGGAAGGAGAGGAAAGAGCAGUCGCUGCCCACCAUCCAGCUCCAGCUGCAGCGUGAGACCCCUGACUUCAACGUCCAGGUGGACCUGCCCCCCGGCCCCUGCUCCAAGACCUCCAGCGGUUUACCCAAAUCGAUCUCCAAGCUGACCUCCAAGUUCACCAAGAAGGUCUCGUCCAGCUCCAACAGCGGGGGCAGCUACUCCAUCCCCAGCACCCCGUCCCGCAGCAUGCUGAGCAGCAGCUCUGAGGACAAGUCAAAGGGCCUGGGGAUCCUACAGCUGAGCAACCUACCCGGCCCCCCCGACCCCUCGCAGCUGCCCAACGGCCUCGAAGACCAGGGCAUGAACCUGCCCACCGACCAGGAGAUGCAGGACGUCAUCGACUUCCUGUCAGGGUUCAACAUGGGGAAGUCCCAGCAGGCAUCCCCCCUGGUGAAGAGGAGGAACUCUGUGGCGUCUGCUAACCCCGCUGAGCUGAAGCCCCCCAGCGGAGCCCCACCCACAUCUCAAUCUGUCUCCCAUAGCAACCUGCAGCCCCCCACUCAACCCCAACUUCCACAGAAGCAGCAGCAGCAGCAGCAGCAACAACAACAACAACAACAACAGCAGCCUCCUCCUCCCCAACAACAACAACCCCCUCCUCCCCAGCCCUCCCCCCAGGCCAUGCAGUACUACCAGCACCUCCUGCAGCCCAUCAGUCAGCAGCAGCAGCCUCCCCCCCCUCAGCAGCAGACCCCUCCCCAGGUCCUCCCUCCCCAGCAGAGAGCUCCCAGUAAGUGGCUCGGCGGCUCCUCCAAUCAGCAGCCCCCUCCCCCUCAGCAGGGCCCCCCAGGAGGCCUCUCCCCCCUAGGUCCCAUCGGGCAGUGGGGGUCCCCCGCUCUGCCUGACCUCAGCUCAGACCUGUACAGCCUGGGCCUGGUCAGCACCUACAUGGACAGCGUGAUGUCGGAGAUGCUGGGCCAGAAGCCUCAGGGGCCCCGAAACAACACCUGGCCCAACCGAGACCAGAGCGAGGGGGUGUUCGGGGUCCUGGGCGACACGCUGCCUUUCGACCCAGCAGGUGACACAUCUCUUCAAUCAAUGAAUCAACUUUAUUCAUCCAGCAAGGGGCAAUUGGUUAUAAUAAUCAUUAUCAAAUCAACAUUUAUUAUAGCCCCAAGAAGUAUUGCCAUGUGAUAAAAGCAUGUGACGGAAGGGAUGCUAAUGAUGAACGGGAACUAGGCGAUGGAUAUUAGUCGACAAGGAAGACAGAUGCGAAGAGAGUCGUGCUUUUAAAGGAGUCUACGGAAAUAGCUUCACGGAUCUGAAAUAAUAAUAAUACAUUUUAUUUAAAGCGCCUUUCAUGACACCCAAGGACACAGUACAAUUAGUUAAACAUUGUAAGAGGUAAAAGCAACAGAACAUGAUAAAAACACAAACAUACCAUCAUGGAGAAGAUGUGAUGAGCAGCUUAUGUCAUGUUCACAGGCAGGAACACACAGGAAGAAAGCACACAGAUUUGACUCGAUAAAUAGUUCAUAGAAUGACAAUAAAUAAGUAAAUAAUGUAUUCCCACAAGGGGGACUUUUCCACGUGAUUAUCAAGGUGUUUAUUAUGAUUUAGGAACCCUCAAAAUAAGAAGUAAACGAUACAAAAUUGAGGUUAAAAUCAUGACGAAUAAUAAUUUAUGCAUGUCUUUUAGGGUUAGUGUUCGUACUUUAGUCUAUUAUGGCGCAUUUCCACUGCAGGGCCUCGCUCGGCUUAGUACGGUAUAGUUAGGCCUCGUUAGGCCAGGCUCACUUUAUGCUGCAUUUCCAUUAUAGUUUAGUAGCUGGGGU